CUUUGCGCUCCGCCAUUUCUCUUUUAUGAAACUUUUCCUUUGAAAUUUUUCCACCAGACUUCUUUCAGGUGCCUUAAGGGCUUUCUUGCACAAUGGGUACCUUUAAGAAGGAAGCCAACCGUAAGGAGCGGCAGGGGAAGACUGGAGAUGGUAUGGGAAAUGUCCGGACCAAGGGUGAAAACUUUUACCGAGAUGCGAAGAAGUUGAGGACCUUGAAUAUGCUCAAGGAUGGUAAACCCCAACGGAACGCUGAAGGAAAGAUCACCAAGGCUGCUUCAUACCAGUCCCGAGACGCCCCGGUUGCUAGGAUCGAGCCCAACCGUAAAUGGUUCGGAAACACCAGAGUGAUUUCGCAAGAGGCUUUGACCUCUUUCCGAGAGGCCGUCGCUGAGCGUGCCUCUGACCCCUAUCAAGUCUUGCUCAAGACGAACAAGCUUCCCAUGAGCCUGAUCAGAGAUGAUAAAGGUGUGAAUGGGUUGAAGCAGCACCAGGCCAAGAUGGCCAUCGAGACCAACCCCUUCAGUGAUACCUUUGGGCCCAAGGCUCAGAGGAAGCGCGUCAAGUUGGGUGUUGCCUCCCUGGAAGAUCUGGCCGGCGAGACCGCCAAGAUGCACAAUGACUACGUCGAGAAGUCGGACCAUGCUACACAUGAAGAUGGUACCAUGGUGGUUGACGGAGAUGAUGUCGCCGCAGAUGAUGGUAGCAGUGCCGCGCCUACUGCACGGGAGGCUGUCUUCUCCAAGGGCCAGAGUAAGCGUAUCUGGAACGAGCUCUACAAGGUUAUCGAUUCCUCGGAUGUUGUCAUCCAUCUCCUUGAUGCUCGUGAUCCCGAGGGUACACGUUGCCGGAGUAUCGAGAAGUAUAUCCGUGACGAGGCUCCCCAUAAGCACUUGAUCUUCGUCUUGAACAAGUGCGAUCUGGUACCUACGGGUGUGGCGGCUGCCUGGGUGCGCAAUCUUUCGAAAGAUUACCCUACCUUGGCUUUCCACGCUUCCAUCAACAACUCCUUCGGUAAAGGUUCUUUGAUCCAGCUCCUUAGGCAGUUUUCGUCUCUGCACUCCGACCGGAAGCAGAUUUCCGUGGGAUUCAUUGGAUACCCCAACACCGGAAAGUCUUCUGUCAUCAACACCCUGCGCAAGAAGAAGGUGUGUACUGUCGCUCCUAUUCCGGGUGAGACCAAGGUGUGGCAGUACGUUACCUUGAUGAAGAGGAUCUACCUCAUCGAUUGUCCUGGUGUGGUUCCGCCCAACCAGAACGACACUCCCGAGGACAUUCUUCUUCGUGGUGUCGUCCGUGUGGAGAACGUAGAGAACCCCGAACAGUACAUUCCCGCUAUCCUCAAGCGGGUUCAGCCCAAGCAUCUUGAGCGUACCUACGGUGUCAAGCGCACCGAGGAUCCCAUCGAGUUCCUCAGCGUCCUUGCGCGCAAGGGUGGCCGUCUCCUCCGUGGAGGAGAGCCCGAUCUCGACGGUGUUGCCAAGAUGGUCAUCAACGAUUUCCUUCGUGGAAAGAUCCCCUGGUACACUCCUCCGCCCCAUACCCCUGGCGAGGAGGACGGAAAGAUCGAGGGUCGUGAAGGUCGUCUCGGCGAAAUGAGCCGGAAGCGCAAGCUUGACGAGACCGCUCCUGAGGCUGCUGAUGGAACAGAAGCUGAGGAGAAGGCGUCUGGCUCGGGCAACGAGGAGUUCGAGGGCUUUGACGAGAGCGAUGAUGACGACGACUCGAUUGCGAACCUCGAAAUCAGCGACGAGGAGAGCGGAGAGGAGAACGACUAAGUGAGGGCUCUGCCACGCAUUACUUCAACACUGCGGAUGGAAGAUCCGCCCGUCACUAACCCCAUUGACCUUGGGCCCACGCCGUUGCUCUAGAGAUGGAGCGCAAACGACAGUCACGCCACGCCCGACCGACUUUCGGGCCGCUGACAAGCUGCAUGGCCCGCCGGCAUCCUUGGAGAUGCAGAUCGAUCGGAGGUCGAGAACACCACCGACCGUAUCCGGUCCAGGCGUGGUUUCACAGGGCCUUGUUGGCAUGCCACCUGGACGGCAUUCCAGCCAGUGCAUGUCAACUCCAUUCGGAGGUUGGGGGUCGAGCCAGCUGAUCCUGGACCCCACUCCUUCUUUACUUUUAGAUACCCACCCAAUGCUAAGAAGAAUCAAUCAAGCAGUAGAUCGUCUGA